CAACAAGAUGCAUGACGCCAGAGUAAUAAUGACCAGUCUGCAUGAAGACGAAGCAAGGGCGAUUCUGUGUGCAGCCUAUAGAAUUGGUCUUUACGGUCCCAAAAUUGUUUGGGUGUUUGCUGGCUGGUUUUCCACCACUUUCUGGAGAGUGAAACUUGAUGACGUAGAAUGUACAGUAGAAGAAAUGGAGGAGGCAGCAGAAGGCGCGUUUCUGACUGGGCCUAUAUUUAAAAAUCCAUUUGAAGAGAGAGGUGUAGCUGACUUGACAGGUAUUUGUGCUAAAGUUGCGCUAACUGUAAUUAUACUUAUUGUGUAUGGUAAUAUAAAUUACGUUUUCCUGAAUGUUUUCAAAACCGAUACACUAUAUCUUAAUUAGUAAAUGAUUGUU